AUGUUAUUCUUUCAUUAUCUAUCUAUCUAUCUAUCUAUCUAUCUAUCUAUCUUCAAUUCUCUCUCUCUCUCUCUCUCUAUCAUGCACACAAAUACAUCCUGUUCAUAUCUAUCUAUCUAUUUAUCUAUUUCAACCUCUUUGUUCCGGCACAGCAAUAUACAUACUACUAUUUAUCUAUCUGUGAGCCUAUCUAUCUAUCUAUCUAUCUAUCUUAUAAACUUUAAAUAUCAUAUGGUUCAUCUAUUACUUUUACCCACUCACUUAUGGCCUUGUGCCAGGUUAAGAUUAGUAAAUAACGUUAUCUAUCUAUCUAUCUAUCUAUCUAUCUAUCUAUCUAGUAGCGGAAUUGAUUCACGAUUAAAUAUUCUUUGUUCUUUUGUUUUUAAUUUUGUUUUUCAUCCAUUUCCUUUGUUGGAAUCAUCUGAUCCACAUUAUCUAUCUAUCUAUCUAUCUAUCUAUCUAUCUAUCUAUCUAUCUAUCUAUCUAUCUAGUUUUCUCUUUCUUGGUCUACUCACUAUCUCGACGUUUUCAUUUUCGCAGUUGUAUGCUUUCUCUAUAUAUUUAUAUUAUUAUCUCUCUUUCGUUAAAAUUUGCUGUAUCGGACUGUUUACUUUCCCACUUUGUUUUGCUCUUUUCUUCUAUCUAUCUAUCUAUCUAUCUAUCUAUCUAUCUUUGUUCCUAUUUAUCUAUAAACGUCAAUAG